CUCUCUCUGUGUGUGUCUGUCAGCAGCAGCUGUUAAUAGAAAGCUGGCUGCAGAGCGUGUUAAAGUUCACACAGAGAGAGGUGGGACUCGAACCUGGAACCAUGUCUCUGCUGCAGCUGUCUGUCUCUCUUGGUCUGUCUCUCUCUCACCUGCCUGUCCCUCGUCUGUCUGUCUGUGUGUCUAUCAGCAGCAGCUGUUAAUAGAAAGCUGGCUGCAGAGCGUGUUAAAGUUCACAGAGAGAGGAGGGACUCGAACCUGGGACCAUGUCUCCGCUGCAGCUGUCUGUCUACUGGCGCCUGUCUGUCAUCUUCGUCUUCACCUCCUUCCUCUUCUUCCUCGACAUUUUCACCGCAGCCAUCGCCGUGGACACUUGUAGCCAUGGUAACGGCACCGGCCCGGACGCUUUGAAUGCAGAGAUCAACCAAUCAGGGCUCGAGGACGAAGCCGAUUGGAGGACGGAGAACCGGCAGCAAGACUCAGUGUGUGCGUGGACAGACUGGUUGUCCUAUGGUCAGACUGUGUUCAUGGUGGGCCAGCUGCUGGGCUCUCUGAUUGGAGGAGAGUUAUCUGACCGGUAUGGGAAGCGUCCACUGCUGCUGGUGUGUGUGUGCGUGCACGCUCUGUGUGGCCUCGUGCCCGCCGUCCUUCCUCAGCCACUGGUCUUCCUCGCCGUUCGCUGCCUGACUGGUCUCUGCUGCUGCUGCAUCAACAUCUGCUCCUUCAGCCUGGCCGUGGAGUGGACGCCCCCUGCUGCUCGGCUCUGGCCGCCGGCCGUCCUGCCCUUCUGCUUCAGCGUGGGGACGAUGGUGGGAGCUCCUCUGGCCUGGCUCAGUCCCACCUGGACUCACCUGCACCUGUCGCUGGCUCUGCCGCAGCUCGUCUGUCUGCCGCUCUACUUUUCCAUCCCAGAGUCUCCUCGCUGGUUGUUGUUGAAGAGGAAGAUGGACGUUUUGGACCGUUACCGUAGCAACAGCCCUGCAGAUAAACAGUGUCUGGACCUGCUGUUGCACUCGUCCUGCUCUGACCUGCAGAAACCCUUCGAGGUUCAGAAGGAGGAGCCACACACAGGCCCCGCCCCCAGUGACAUCAUCCUCCUCCGACACCCGACCAUCCUGCUGAGACUCUUCAUCAUGAGCUACCUGAGUGCAGCAUCAGCGCUGACGUACUUUGGCAUCUGUAUGAACAUCGGCUCCUUCGGCGUCGGCGUCUACUCCGCCCAGUUCUUCUCCGGCCUAUCAGAGGCUCCCUGCCUGCUCGUCCCACUGCUCCGCCUGGGGCGACGGCCAAUCAGCAUGCUCGCCCUCUUCCUGAGCGGAGCGGCCUGCUUCGUGUCGUUGCUUCUGUCCAGAUAUGACGGCGAACCGGUGCUGGUGAUGAGUUUGGCUCUGUUGGGAAAACUCUGCAUCCUGGCGGCCAUCUUCAUCUCGACGCUGUACGCCAUCGAGCUGUUCCCCACCGUGGUCAGGCAGCGCUGCGUGUCCCUGGUCAACCUGUGUUUCCGCCUCGGCUGCCUCGUCAACACCCUCGUUCCCCCCAACCCCAACGGAGCAAUCUCAUUGGCUGCCAUGGCCGUGUACAGCAGCGGACCAAUCAUAGGCUGCGGCCUGUGCCUGAUGCUGCCGGAGACCAGCGGCGUGACGCUUCCUGAUUCCGUGGAGGACUGUGACCGGCAGCCGCACACACAGGCGCCAUCUGGAGGACAUGAUGAGAAACAAACUUUUAUCAUAUAACUUUCCUCACGAGCCCAGACUCCUGUUUUAACACUAUUUCAUGAUAUGCUUUUACUUUGAAACGGUUCUGCUUCCUGUCUGGCUUUGUCUUUUGAACAAACAAACCUGAAGAAGAUCUUUUGUCGUAGAUUUCAGUUUUUACUAAGUCGCACCUCAACGUUCUCUGUAGUUCCUCAGUUUUUAUCUUGAAACGUCCGUUUGCACAAAGUACGAGAUCUUCAAGGUUUAAACUCAUGACCUCAAAAAACACUUUAAACCAAAGAUUUCCGUUUGUCUCUUUCAAACUUCACGAGUAAAACCAAUAAUACUUUAUAUUAGAGAUUGUGAAGAACAGUUUCACCAUUUUCAUGGAGUUCUUCAGUGGACGGGCACAUUGUCACUAACGCAGCUAGUUGGAUUUAUUCCUAAACGUUAAACUUUAAUCUUUAAAUUGUAACUUUUGUCUUGAAAAAGCAAAAUAGAAUAAAAGUAUAAAGCAACUAAACUGAAAAUUUCUCUUAUUCAUCUGGGUUUUAGUUUUAAAACGUAGAGGUAUGGCUGCAUGAUUACACAACACUCUUAAUGUCCCACAAUGCAGCAGUGACAGCGCGGUGAUCCUCAGGUGAUGCAGAGCAGCAGGUGACAGUUUGUGUUCAGGAGAAUGAAACUUAUACUUAGUCUUAAUCAUUUCAGAUGUUUUAUGUUUUACAAGAUUGAAAGGACAGAGUUCAGUCGUCACCUGGAGAAAACUCGUUUUCAUUAAGUCUUUCGGAUUCUUUCCUGCGAGCGACUUUUACGUCCACGUCGUUUGCACGAAGAAGAAGAUAAAAUGAAAAGAUGAAAAACCUGAGCGACAGACUCCAUUCAGGGGAUCGAACCUGUGCAGAAACCCGCUGGUUCAGAUCCUCCAGACUCAUCAGGACUCAUCAGGACUUCUCAGAUACUGGAACGUUUCCUGUGGAAGAAUCUGUGAACAAACUGUUUGUUUAUCACAAAUCACUGAGUGAAUUCAGCCUGAACAAACACGGAGUCUGUUUAUUUGAUAGAAAAACAACUUUAUGUAAAAGUAGUUCAAAGUGCUGAUGUGUGCUUUUCACACAAAGUCUCAUUUAUGUCCGACGACCACAAGAAAUCUUCAAAGAAACGUUUGAAAUCGUAAAUUUUCUGCGGGAUUGAGAAUAGAAUCACUUUCUAUGUAAAGUAACACGAGUAUGUGUCUUUAAUGUUUCUGUUGGAUUUGAGAAGGGACCUUUUGAGGAAUAAACCUGGAGAGUGAGAAUCUUAUGGGCUCGAGUGCGAAGACGGUUUCAAAUCGGAGGUUAAACUUUGAGGUGAAUGGGUUUUUUCAUUUUGACUCUGGUUUGAUCUAGAAAAUGUCAAACCUGAAAAAGUCUUUUCAGAUUUCUGCUUCAGUGAAAAGCAACGUGUUGAUCUUUUUCUUCCAGCGUUCAGAUGUGAGAGUAGAACUGUUCUCAGGACUCGUCCUUCUUCUCUCCGGCCUGAUGUCAGCGCUGUGACCGGUAGCUGUGAGCCACAGAGCUCUUCUGUUCGGAGCGAUGACGUCCGAUUCACGGGAGAUUCACGUCGUAACAGAACGUCUGUGAAGUGAGCGACUUCAAAGACACGUGAACAGAAUCAUCACGUUGCUUUAAAGUUUGUGUUGGAACAGGAGAUUUGUUUUUUAAUCAGGACGAGUCGUUUCCUCCUCAGUCCAACUGGUGGUUUCCAUUCAGUGAAGAACUGCUUCCUCGUCUUCAUCGAUCAGCAGAUUCACACAUACAUGUGAAAUUAUACUCAACAGCAUCUCAGCUUCCAUCUACUUUAAGUCUCAUUUACAGAUAUUUUAUUUUAAUUGCAAAUUAUUUUAGACAUUUUAAUAAGUUUGAACUU